GCUCAAUGCUUAAGAAUCAUUUUGCAAAUUAAUUACCGAUUUCCUUGCAUUUUGGUCCCAGAAUACUUACAUUGUGUAUAGACUGUUGGUCUCAUCAUGAAUCCAGCUCCUUCUCUCGAUGUACCCAGCUGAAAAAUAGAAACAUACAGGACAGAGGGACGGGACGGGCUCGCGUUAGUCGAUAGCUCAUUUUACAACUUAUUUGCUCAUUUCCUUGCAAGAUGACGGCUCUUUGUGGUGUGCCCUGCGUUUCCGACUCUGCGACCAGAGUGAUGCCUGAGGUGUCGAUCUGCUGCCUUGAGCAUGGGGAUGCUUUUUUCAUACGUCCGAGCGUGGUUCUGUGUUCAAGAAGACAAUGAUCAGGGCAGUGCGUGGCUCUAAUUGCACUAGAAACCCUGAGACUUCGUGUUCGAUCCUCUGAGAGAAAUUACUGUCCAUCAUACCGGGGCGGUUGGAAUUUACAUGCCCGGAGUGCUGAACUUCCCACCUAUUUUUUUCGUAUCUGAGCGUAUUUGAUCCG